CUCGUUCAAAUUCCCCUUUUGAUCCGUUUCCGUGGGAUCGACAUCGCCAGCUAGUCUAAGCUAGCCAGCUUCAUUCAUCAUCAGGCUUCCUCAUCAAGAUAACGAAAGGUAUCAUCUCCUCAGAUUCAAGUCCUGUUGCUUGCUCCUAUGUUCAUGUUCAAACAUAGUUUUUGAGCCAGAGAUAUAAAACAUAGACGGAAGACCAAUGCGAUGUUCACAUUUCGGCGACAAGAAUGUUCUUCUCCAGAGUUGCACCAUGCCAGAACUGAUACUUUAUCGGAACGACAAUCAGCCCCACCGUGCUUUCCUUACAACACCAGACGACCAAAAAUAACAAGAUGUCAGAAAAGGAGACGAGUGUCGAAGUCUCCAGCGCUCUUCUUGCAAGGCGUGGUUUUCGUGUUGUGUGCACCAUCCGUCACCACAACAUCAUUGAAUGUUUCCUCAACGACCAGUCCAGCACCCAGUGUGUCUGGUUUCCUGGUUGAUUGGGAUGAUACGGUGCCCCCUUCUAUGACUCCAUCAGUCUCAGCGUCAGGCCGCCCGGAAUCUGUUGAAUCAAAAGUCAACAGUACCCAAGAGAUAGCAACUGCAACAGACACACAUGGCAAUCAAUCCGCCACUGAUAGAGAGGACUCUGCAGUGUAUUUGUCCAACGUGAUUAUAUUAGAUACCGAUACACCAACGACACCAGCAAACCACGACAAUAGCACAACUGAGAGUUCAGCACCCACUUUGACAGAACUCCUCGAUGAUCUGAUCCCCACAAACGUGUCGUCAGCAGCUUCCACAGAAUCUGCUCCAUCGCAAUCGCCAUCGCAGCUAGAGCCCGACCCAACCUUCAGCGUACCUUUUAAUGGAAGUAUAGUACCCUCCAUGCUUCUUUCUCCGGCUCCGACCGGCAGUUUUGAACCUACGUCGAACCCCACUUCAACAUUUGCCCCAUCCAAUUCCCCUUCCAUCCCCCCUACACUCUUUCCUUCUAUAUCAUCUCAGCCAUCCAUGAGGCCCACAACAGCACCGUCAAUGGCGCCCUCCCACUUACCUUCAGAAAUGCCCUCGGUGUCGCCUUCGUAUGCAAAUAGCAUAGAGGAUGCGGUCCAAUACAUACAAAAGUUUCUCUUCGAGGGGAGCUACUUCUUCAAUGAAACACAGAUCCUUAGCUUUCAGUUCCUGAUGGAGAACUAUACCACUUUUCUCGACCCUUCAUCCAGCAAAUUCGUGAACACUACCUGCGUCAUUUUGGAUCAAAAGCUAUCAGUGCCACCCUUGCUGAUUUCAAACAGCCCCUCCAACCGCUUCCUUCGAUCCCGAUACGGAGAAGGACGAGAUCCUUGCACGACGACAAACAGCAGUAGGUACCGAUAUCGACGGCGGACACAGACGCAAGGCACUGGGGUGACCGUCAACACAGUAUCCUAUAGACUCUCGUACGUUUCGGACGUGGUCAAUGUGACCGGGUAUCCAUCCUUGUUCAAGGCGUUCAUGAACUUGAAUCUCGAUCGAGUCACAUUCGAUUUGAAUAUGCUAGGUCUCCCCGUUACCGAAACACAGCCAGUCUCAAGGUUAUUCUCCCAGACGCCCAUGCCAACAACGUCUUCUGUCCCUUCCAUGCCACCUUCGAUGAUACCGACCGUCUCGCCUGGCCCUUCAAUUCCCCCGUCGAUGAUACCAUCGUCUCAACCAACAGAGCGUGAAACCGCUUCUCCGAUGCCAAGUAGUUUGCCUAGUACAUCACCCACCCCGCUAUCCAGGCCGUCAACCCCAGAAUCGCAGAACCCAACGAUAAUAGUGGCUGUUGUGGUGGUGAUGGCAUUGUGUGCCAUGGUUGGACUGUUUUUCUUUUACAGACGAAGGAAGAAAUUGAUGCAAAUGCAUCUUCAUCAGUCAGCAACCAACAAACGCGUCCAAGCGGUUAGUCAUGGCCCACCCGAAGGAAGCUGGAACGCUGCUGUCGGAAAGACAGUCGCAUCGAGUACCGUUGGGCACUCGACAGAUCCACGGACAGCUUUUAGUCCGGAUGGCAAAGGCCCAAUGAUGGAAGGCUUCCUUUCGCCCAGUGAGAGCUUGGUUUCGAAUCAGUCACUAUUGUCGACAGGCAACUCCAUGGCAGGCGACUCGGGAGACGAGGCUGAUACAACCCAGAAACUCAUGGAUGAAUUCGACAAGUUUCGCGACCAAAAUUUGGAGAAGAUGCGAGCUGAAGUGGAAGGAAACUUGAGCGGGUUCGACGGAAUGAUGAGCCAGGCUUUGACAAAGGCGCUGAUGGAUGACGAUGAGCCCGAAGUUGAACCAAAUGACAUCUUGUGGGGUGGUGUCGGUCAGAGUGGUGCCGAGAUCGAGGCUAGUGCACUUUGCGACGUAACAGACUGGCUCAAACGCAACGACAGUGCUGCUACCACGGAGAGAAAGCAAUCCUUCAUGCGAGACAUAUUAUACAAAAUGGUGUCAAGCGUCAGACACGGAAUUCUGGGCCCCGAUGAUGCCUCAAGGACAAUCCACGAGUGCGCAGCAUUACUCAGUUUGCAACUUGCGAGUGAUUUACCGGCCGACACAAUCAUUAUUCAAGGCAUGCGAAAGAAUGUGACGGCAAAAAAAAUCAUCGCUUCUUUUCGUGAAUUUGGAGAAAUCGACGACGUUGCUGUAGCUUCCAACCAACGGGGAUUCGGGCUCGUACGCUUCAAAUCCCCGAAAUCGGUUGACAGAGCUCUCAAAAAGUGCAAAGUCAGCGAAAUCGUGGUUCAGGAUGUCGGUGUGACUGUUCGGACAAUAAAACCACAGCCAAAGGGCAACGCCCCUACGUUCCCCAGGCCGCUGUCUCGAACGUCUUCAUGAAUCCCUCAAAUGUCGGUUGUAUGUUCUGCAGCUUCAUUAGUGUGUUAUUCACAUUGAAAGCUGUCAGGCUAGCUAGUGGCAAUAGGCGCUGAGUUUGUAACUGAGAUGCCUGCCAAUGCCAGCAUUGUGUGUACCGGUCUCGUACUGAAAAUCUGUUCUGUUUUUAAGAGUCUUGGGUGGAAACAUGAAAAUAGGUUUAUUUAUAUUGCUGUAAAGCUCCACUAUCCAACUCUG